AUGCAUGCCCCCAAGGAAUACGAACACUCCUCGGCCCGUGACGAGCCAACCGGCCCACAAAACGAGCCCGUACUAGUCCCCGGACUACCUGCCCAUCUAGCCCUCCUUUGCCUUUCACCUCUCAAACCUUCUCUACUGUACAAAGUAUGCAAGCCUUGGCGCAGCCUCAUCUACUCUCCCGAUUUCCCCCCUUUUUUCGCUCUCUACGCCGUCCUCAGCCAAGUCUCGGCCCGGCCCGUCUCGUCCGAUCCCGACUCGAUAUGGGCCCGGGGCUGCCACUCCAACUCGAUCAGCCUCGCCUGCUUCGACCCCAUCUCGGCCAAAGAUGGGAGGUUCUGUCGGGAGGGGAUCGAGGCAGUCGGUUAUGAUGGGAACAAGCUUUGCAUGGUGAACGUGAAUGGGGCCCGGUCGGUAAAACAGGGAGCGGUCUACGAUGUCGUGGAGGAUAGGUGGGAGGAGAUGCCGAGGGGAAUGCUCGGAGGGUGGAACGGGCCGGUUUCAGUCGAUGAAUGUGACGAAAGAGCUAUGUAUGUUGUUGAUUGGAAGGACGGGUCUAUUAGCACGUACGAUAGGAUUAACGACCGGUGGGUGGGUGUGGUCGGGGGUUUGGAGAAGCUCAAGGGAGCCGAGAAGGUGGCGGUGCGUGGGGGGAAGAUGUGUGUAGUGUCGGAGGAGGGUCGACAGAUUUUGGUGGUGGAUGUGUUGACAAGGCCGCCGAAUGUGUGGGUUGUGGAACCGCCCGGAGGGACAGAGGUUGUAGCGGUCCAUGUGUUGCCGAGGAUGGCGAUUCCGGAGGAUGAACUGUUUUAG